CAUUUAUAAAUAUAUAGUAUUUUAACGCAUUACUGCUAGCCCAACUAGUAUAUAAGUAAUAGCCAAAUAAAUCUCCCUCCAAGUGCAACCGCCUUCGCUCCCUUCUUAUUCUUUCCCUCACUCCGUAAAAUCCAUAAUCUAUAUUGUUCAAACCCAAAACUUAUUACAAAGUAAAAGGAGGACUUAGCUGGGACCCACACGAACCCAAUGUCCGCGACGACACGCGCCGCGUGGAGCUUAGACUCCGAGCUUGACGGAAUCGACCUUGACCCCUCCGAUUUCGCCGCCUCGGUGCCACUCAAGAAAGUCCCCAACGGCGACGUUUUCGAGGCCUCCCGCGCCGGCGAUGUCGAUCGGCUCCGGUACUUGCUCGAGUCCGGCGUGAACGUCAACGCCCGGGACCAGUGGGACUCAGUGGCCCUCUACUACGCCUGCCUCGCCGGUCAUCUUGACGCCGCCCGGAUGUUGCUCGAGAGUGGUGCAAUUUGCUCCGAGCACACCUUCGAUGGCGACCGCUGCCACUACGCCGCUCUCAAUUUGAAGGUUCGGAAGCUCUUGAAGGCCUUUGAGGCCAGGCCCCCGCCUUUGGCUCCCUUGCAGGCCGCUCUUAGGGAAACUUUCUUGAGUUGUGGUGCUAAUAGGGUUUAUUUGGAGCAGGCCGAUAUGGGUCAGUUUCAGAUUUCAGGUAAUCCAUCCAGUCUGGCUUUCAAUUCCAACCAUUUCCCUCCCGAUGUUAUCUUUCAUGUGCAAGGUAGACCCAUUGAAGCCCACAGGGUAAUUUUGAGUGUUCGAUCACCGUUUUUUAAGAGGAAGUUUGAGAAUGAUUGGAGACACCGUAAAGAAGUAAGAUUGGCAAGGGAAAAGUUGUCUUAUCCUGCUCUUUAUAGCCUCAUCCAUUUCUUUUACUCUGACAGACUUGAGAUUGCGGUAGAUGAUAUGGAAGAUCUGGUGAGGAUAUGCAAAGUAUGCAAAUGUGAAUCUUUGCAAAGGAUUGUUGAGAAAGAAUUGGCUCAUCAAAAGUUCGCUGACUAUAAAGCAUUAAGAGACGUCGACAACUCUCAGAAACGGUUCAUCUUACAGGGUAUAUCCCUUCCUGAAGAAAACCGGCUCCCUAGUUCCUUACGUUGCAUACUUCAACUUUCCCUUGCCAAUUCAACCCUUGAUCCUAACUUAGUCAAUGGUGUUGAGGAUUUAAUAUCUCAGGCUGAUAGAAUGCAUAUAAGUAAUUUUGAAGAUGAUCUGGCUGAUGUUUGCAUUAAAAUUGAUAAAAAGAUUUUCCGUUGCCAUCAAGUGGUUUUGGCAUCAAGAUCAGAGUACUUUAGAGCAAGACUAUCACGAAUGAAAGAUUUUCAUGAAGGAAAAGAUGGGCUGCCUGUUGAUACCCUGCCAUGUAUUGAGGAACAUGAUUUGAGCAUGGAAGCGUUCGAGAAAAUGAUCGAGUUUAUGUAUACCGAUGGUUUAAAAGAUAUAGACCCUGAUCAGGCUGAGGAAAUCUUUGAUGCUGCUUCAAGAUAUCUAUUGUUUCCUCUUAAGCGUGCUGUAGCUGAUGUGCUACUGCCACACUUGGAAACAGUUUCACCAGCAGAACUGUGCCAAUGGUUGAUAUUAUCAGACAUGUACGGUGUUCUGAAGGUACGGGAUUACUGUCUAGACAUGAUAGCUUGCAACUUUGAGGCAUUCGCUGAAACUCGUGAAUUUCGAGCAAUGCUAUUGACACUUCCGCCACCAUCUGGAGAUUCUUCUCUCCGUACUACUGUUCCAAGUGCUCCAGGAGCUGAGGUGAACACAGACCAAAGCAAUCUUCUUGAUGAUCUACGAGAAAAGUGGCUAGAAGCUGAAGCUGCUGAUCUCGACGAGAGAGAUGAGAGUGCAUUACUUUUUGACAAACGCCUUGAGAUGCGUAUGCAUGUUGCAGAGCAGGAAACUGCUGCUGAUGGGAAUUCAAAAGAAGUAAUUCUGGAGGUCCCGGGAUCAUCAGUACCUCCUGUUCCAGUGCCGAACGAAGGAUAAUGAUAUACUUUUUAGUUGACUUUGUACUCAUUUUUUUUUUUUUUACAAAUGUGUAAUACAAUACACAGUGGUGUUGCAUGUCUUGAGUGCUUGUUGAUUUUUUUGUAAAUCAAGUUUACUCUAACAUUAAAUCAAUUCACACCAUUUUUUAAUUCA